AUGUCGUCACAACGUCAGGUCCUACCUACAAACGUCAAACCCCUUCAUUACGAUUUGACACUGAAGCCAGAUCUGGGAACAUUUGUUUUCUAUGGUCAAGUAAAAGUCGAUCUUGAAGUGAAGGAAGAUACGACAACAAUCGUAUUGAACACGCAUGAUAUCAAGAUUCAUUCAGCAGUGUUUACGUCCACAAGCUUGAAGACUGAAUCCAGGCAGACGGCCACAUCAAUUGACUAUGAUGCAAAGAAAAAUCAAGCCACCUUGACCUUUGAGCAGAGCAUGCCUGGCAACUCCAAAGCUGUGCUUGACAUUCAAUUCGAAGGUGAACUGAACGAUCAAAUGGCUGGUUUCUACCGCUCUUCGUUCAAGGAUGCUGAAGGAAAGACUCAGUACCUCGCAACCACACAGUUCGAAGCUACUGAUGCUCGUCGUGCAUUCCCUUGCUGGGAUGAGCCUGCACUGAAAGCCACGUUCGACGUGACACUUAUUGUCCCAUCCGACCUUACGGCCCUGUCAAACAUGAACGUGAUUUCGGACAAACCAUACCAGGAAACGGGCAAGAUGACAUCCGGCAAACAUGAAGGCAAGCAUGAGGGUGUCACUACCGGCAAGCACGAAGGCAAACACGAGGGCGUCACUACUGGUAAACACGAAGGCAAACAUGAAGGAGAUGCUGCUGCCAGCAAAAAGACCUUGAAGGAAGUGAAAUAUGCCACCACACCACCAAUGAGCACGUACCUAUUGGCAUUUGUGGUUGGUCCAUUUGAAUACAUCGAAGCUUAUACCUCUGGCGAAUACAACGGCCAUCCCAUCCAAGCACGCGUUUACGCUUUGCCCGGAUCAGUGGAGCAAGGCCGACACGCUUUGAGAGUGUCAACGGCUGCGCUUGAAUACUUUGCCAAAGUUUUCGGUGAGCCUUACCCUCUGCCCAAGAUUGACAUGGUCGCUAUUCCGGACUUUGAAGCAGGUGCCAUGGAGAAUUGGGGUCUGGUUACGUACCGAAAUGUUGCUUUACUAUAUGACGAAAAGUCAUCCUCUAUCGUCUUUAAGAAGAGCACAGCUUAUACAGUAUGCCAUGAAUUAGCCCAUCAGUGGUUUGGCAAUUUGGUGACGAUGGAAUGGUGGGAACAUUUGUGGCUCAACGAAGGUUUCGCAACAUGGGUGGGCUGGCUCGCUGUGGACCAUAUCUUCCCUGAAUGGAAUGUUUGGGUUUCAUUUGUCAACGAGGAUGUGCCCCGCGCGCUCAACUUGGAUGCCCUUCGUUCGUCCCAUCCUAUUGAAGUCGCCGUCAACGAUCCAGCUGAGAUCCACCAGAUUUUCGACGCUAUUUCGUAUUACAAGGGUGCAAGCGUUAUUCGCAUGCUGAGUUCCUGGUUGAGCGUCGAUACUUUCCUGGCUGGUGUGCGUCGUUACCUUCAAAAGCAUAAGCUCGGGAACGCAUCCACCACGGAUCUGUGGAACGCCCUUAGUGAAGAAGCUGGUGUGGAUGUAUCGAAAUUUAUGACUCUCUGGACCAAGAGUGUCGGGUACCCCGUCUUGACUGUUGAAGAGACUGGCAACCAUGCCAUCAAGGUGACCCAAUCACGAUAUCUCUCAACUGGCGACUUGGACCCUAGUGAGGACACAACUGUGUGGUGGAACCCAUUGGGUAUAUUGACUCCUGGCAACGUCGAAUCCUACACGCUCACUGAAAAGUCUCAAACGUUCAAUGUACCUGAGAGCGGCCUGUACAAGUUGAAUGCUGGUCAGACCUCAGUGUAUCGCGUCAAUUACCCCAUUGAAGCUGUCUUACGACUUGCCGAGGAGAUCAAGAAGGGCUCGGACGGUUUGCUUAGCAAUACAGCUGACCGCGUUGGAUUAAUUGCUGAUGCAGGAAACCUCUGCGUCAGCGGUGAGCAGCGGACAACUGCCUUCUUGGAAUUGGCACAAGCAUUUGUCAACGAGAAGGACUAUUUCGUAUGGGCACAAUUGAGCACGCAUUUCAGCAACAUUAUCAGUGUAUGGGCUGGUCAACCAGACGAUGUUCUCGCAUCAUUGAAGGCAUCGCGCCGCAGCUUGUUCGCACCGGUUGCCCAGCGUCUUGGAUGGGACUUUGCGCCUGAUGACGACUACCUUACAAACCUGUUGCGAGUUCUAGCAUUGACCAAUGCUGGCCGAUCGAAUGACCCUGAUACAGUGGCUGAGGCAAAGAAACGAUUCUGGGAGUUUGUCCAAGGCAAUACGGAUGCCGUGCACCCCAACCUUCGAGGAUCCGUGUACGGCAUUGUGCUACUGACAGCAGAAGACGAGGCUGAGGAAGUCAAGUUGUGGGAAAGCAUACUCAAGAUAUACAAGGAUGAGUCAUUGCCCACUGACCAGCGCAUGAUUGCAUUGAACGCUCUCGGCGGCGUCAAGAGCCAGGAAUUGGUCAUGCGAUACCUCAAGAUGAGCCUGGACGAUAGCCAAGUCCGUGGCCAAGAUUCUAUCUAUGUUUUCCGAGCUUUGGGCACCAAUCCGGAUGCACGCGACUUGUUCUGGACGUACUUUAGCGAAAACUAUAAUACUUUGCACGCCAAAUUUUCAAAGUCGCUCAGUCUGUUUGGAUCUGCUGUCCGCUCUGCAGUUAGCGGCUUCACUUCGUUUGACAAGAUUGGAGAGAUUGAGGCUUUCUUUGCUGAUAAGGAUACCAAGGAAUACGCUCGCCCACUGCAGCAGGCAUUGGAAGCUGCCAAGGUGAAUGCCAAAUGGAUUGAACGGGACCAUGCAGUGGUAGCAGAUUGGGCCAAGAAGAACGCUGCCUAAAACAGGAGGAGUCCAACACAAUUAAUGGGAAUUACGGUUAUUCUUUCUUUUAUUGUGUGGAAAUAAAUUCUGUGGAUAUCACGCUCAAAAAGAAAAAGAACAAAAAAAAA